GAGAGAGAGAGAGAGAAAGGAAAGAAAAUAUCCUCCUCUUCGCACCACCUCGUCUCCUCCCUCACGCACGAAUCCCGUACCAAGAAACCGGAGAAUUUGGGCGAGAGGGGUUUCCGAGGGCGCCGCGGGUUCCAAGACCAUAAGAGAGUGCGCCUGCUCGAGAGAGAGAGAGAGAGAGAGAGAGAGAGAGAGGGAGGGGCGGCGAUGCAGCGGCAAAGGGCGAUGUCGUGGAGGAUAGUGGGGAAGGCGGCGCAGGCGCUGGCUGCGCACGCCCUCCUCUUCUGCUUCACCCUCUUCCUCGCCCUCAAGAUCGACCGCCGCACGUCCUACUCUUGGUGGAUAAUAUUUGUCCCUCUUUGGCUAUUUCAUGCUGUUGUAGCACGAGGGAGAUUCUCCUUACCUGCUCCGUCAUUGCCUCAUGAUCGUCAUUGGGCACCCUGUCAUGCUGUUGUGGCAACACCUUUGCUAAUUGCCUUUGAACUGCUCCUUUGUAUAUACCUUUAUAGCACAAGUGUUAAUGGUGAACAUGCUGUCAACUUGAAGAUUGUUUUUCUUCCCCUUUUGGCCUUUGAGAUAAUCAUCCUUGUGGACAAUUUCAGAAUGUGUAGAGCUCUAAUGCCAGGAGAUGAAGAAAGCAUGAGUGAUGAAGCUAUAUGGGAGACGCUUCCUCACUUCUGGGUUGCGAUCUCAAUGGUGUUUCUCAUGGCUGCUACAAUAUUCACCCUUCUUAAGCUAUGCGGUGAUGUUGAUGCUCUUGGAUGGUGGGAUCUGUUCAUAAAUUUUGGGAUUGCGGAGUGUUUUGCUUUUCUUGUUUGUACUAAGUGGUCUAAUCCAAUGAUUCAUAGACGACCUUAUCAUGAAGAACCUUGUUCAUCCUCCACUAUGAUUAGAUACCGUGAUUGGAACAGUAGCCUUCUGCUCUCUUCUAUGGAGGACCAUGAUCAGGAUAGGCUUUGCUCUCUGCAAGACAUAGGAGGCCAUAUAAUGAAAGUUCCUCUAGUAGUUUUCCAGGUUCUGCUAUGUAUGCAUUUGGAGGGAACACCACCUGGUGCUCGACAUAUUCCAAUUUUAGCACUUUUCUUGCCAUUAUUUCUAUUGGAAGGUGCUGGUGUCGUAUAUGCUGUUUCAAGACUGGUGGAGAAGCUUGUUCUUUUAGUACAUAAUGGUACAGUUGAUAGUAGAUAUCUCAGAAUUUCAUCCAGAGCUCAUGAUUUCUUUGCGUUCCUACAUCAUGGUUCAAGAUUACUGGGUUGGUGGUCAAUUGACGAGGGAAGCAAAGAAGAGCAAGCUCGCUUGUUUCAUGCUGAAGCCACUGGGUAUAACACCUUUGUUGGGUAUCCACCUGAGGUUGUGAAAAAAAUGGCAAAGAAGGAUCUUGCUGAGGAGGUUUGGAGACUGCAAGCAGCUUUGGGAGAACAAUCUGAAAUAACAAAGUAUAGCCAGCAAGAAUACGAAAGGCUUCAGAAUGAGAAGGUGCUCUGUAGGAUUUGCUACGAGGCAGAAAUAUGUGUGGUUCUUCUUCCAUGUCGGCACCGGAUCCUUUGCAAGUCCUGCUCAGAGAGGUGCAAGAAGUGCCCAAUAUGUCGCGUCCCCAUCGAGGAGCGGAUGCCUGUAUAUGAUGUUUAAAGCUCUCCCAGAUCAGAAAUACAUUAUCAUCCAAAAUUCCUCAGGAAAUUGUGUCCAUAGACUGAUGUACAAAAAGAUAGAGCUACUCGAGUGCUUCAACCCCAUUUGGCAUGGUGGUAAAUAUAUCUAAAUUCACAGAAAAGUCUUCCGAUUAGGUUCGGUGGUGAGUUGUAUGUGACCAAAUCAAAAAAUGAUUGGGAACUCUGUAUAUAAAAAUUUCAUUCUAAUUGAAUAGCGUUUUUAACA